UUCUCAUCAUCAGGUAUAGCACCUGGUAAGUUUUCUAGUUCAUCCCUUUUUUCAUGAUGUUACUAGUAAUUUGCGUUCGAUUCACUCGUCUUACACCAAAAGGUUAGCUCGCCCGCCAGCCCUGAGGCGAGUGAGCUGAGACAACCUUCUGCAGCCUCUGAUUUUUUAUCCUCAUUCAUUGAGAAGAAAUUUGUGGAUACUGACUUUUCUUCUAUUCACAGGUUUUUUUGUAAAACUUUCUGGCGUAUCUGUAGAUUGUAAGACUGCGAAACGUUUAUUUAUUGUUGUACAACGUACCGAUACACAUCUUCCCUUUGAUCAGUCAUCGAUCAUCGAUCAUCGAUCAUCUGCUACUUUGAACCUGACGUCCAUGACUGAGAAUUCACAAUCAUCUACGCCUACGCAGGAUAGUGACACAUCUACACCAGGCUCCAGUAGUGCGGGAGAUGCUCUCGCGACUGAGUUCAAGGUGUAUAAGCCUCCAAACUCACCAACCACCAGCGCUCCUCUAGAAGAACUGCCAGACUCCUACUUCACCCCAUCUCCUGCCGACCUGAAGGCUGCUCAAGCAACAUUAAGCGCCCGGACACGAUCACUAGUUGAUGCACCCCUACAAGUACGAGCUCAGCGAGAGGCAGCAGAGAAGUCAAAGAGAGAUCGAUGGCCAAAUACAACGAUACGUGUCAGGUUCUCUGAUCGAACACAGCUGGAGAAGAUUUUUCCCUCUACGGACAAAAUUCGCUCCGUGUACGCAUUUGUGCGCUCGUCCCUCCGAGAUGAUGUAAAGCCUAUCAAGUUCAUCCUAUAUCAAUCUCCUCCCAAGCGCGACCUGAAGGUAUCAGACCCAAAUGUCCGUGAUUUAAGCUUGGCACAACUACAGCUCGCCCCAUCAUCAGUUCUCCUUCUGCGUUUCGAAGACGAAUCUUUGAAUGGCACGAAUGUCCCCGCACCCCUAUUGCCAUCCAUUGCAGCAAGCGCCAUUGAACUACCGAAACCCCCCAAUGCUGAAGCUGAAGCUCGCAAGGUAGAGAAGUCUGCUACACCUCCCACAACAACGUCGAGCACAAGCACCGGGAAAAAGAUACCCAAGUGGCUGAAGGCAGGUCUAAAAAAGUGAAAGGAAGAUCAACAUAUGUAUUAUCUCAGGUCCCAAUUCGAGGUCCACCUGUAUAGUUGCCAGCUUCUACCAUAGAUCAUCGCAUGAAAGAGAAACAAGUGUAAUUUACCUCAAUACACAGGAAAUGUUGGAUCUAUCUCAUUCGACCAUGCACGUAAGCCUCCGAUAACAUCUUUUACAAUCAGAUUGGAGUCGAUUGCCCUGAUGGCGUCCGCAGCGAUUUGAGAAUCGUUGCCUAAUCUGCAUAGAACAAACACCCGACACGACUUGUCUGAGGGAAGAUGAGGCACUGGGUUAGCCAAUAGGAUAUUGAGCGGGACACCUGAA